UUUUUUUGUCCGAGCCUAUUAUCACUAUAAAAACGUAACACUAUGUCUGAACCUAGUACACCUUAUACUCCAGCUUCCACCUCCACUACUGUUGCUAGAAAUGAGACGCUUACGUUAGCGGACAAAAUCAAAAAAUAUGACACGACCAAGCUUGUAGAUUUAUUGCGUGAGGAAAAAGACUUAGGUCUUAACGAUGAAGACUUGGAGAUAAUUUGCAAGAGGAAAAUUAAUGGCUGGGCUUUCCUCAAGAUGGACCAACAAGAUUUCAGAGAUAGUGGGUUUAAAAUAGGAACAGCAAUAGUACUCGCGGACUUCGCUGAGAAGUGUAAAGAGAAAAAGAAGCGUGCAAUCGAUGAAAGUUCUAAGGAGUUCAAGCUCUGCAUAGAUGACAUUCUUCGUAGGAUAAAAAAUAUGGGGCCAGUCGUAGAUAGUAAUGAGGCUAUGCGUUGUAAGUACAUUUCUACGAUUCUUUAUACCGCUGUUAGCAUCCUCGGAGGAUUGGUGAUCUUGCCUCAGAUGAAUGUAUCUGGUGAAGAAAAUUCCAGCUGUGUAGAUUAUGCGAUCAAGAAAAUACUGGAUGAUUUGCUUGAAAAAAUAAUAUGCAUAACUGAAGGAAAGCAAAACCAGCUGGGAAAAGGUGUGGCACAAAAUCUAAUGCAAUGUCGAAGUUCGUGCGAAAUGAAUUUAGAUACGCUCAAGAAAAAGCGUAAGACUGAAGAAGCAUUCAAGGAGUAUGAAUAUGUCUAUGGUAUCGUCACAACAGCCACAGACUGGUAUUUCAUUCUACAUAGCACCGAGGCUAUCUAUUGUACGAGCAAGACUGAGUAUCACAUCUCCCUAACUGAACCGAUUUACGUAAAAAUGUGAAGAGGAUUUUAGAGGUUAUAGUGGGCUUGUUAAAAGAUAGGGUAACAGCUAGUGAAGAAUUUGCAAAUAAGAAGCGCUGUGUAAAAGAGAUAAUAAAGAAAAAACAAUUGUAUAGGAGACUAGUGUAGAUGUCAUGUAUCACGGGCUAAGUCUCGAACAUUUGUAUUUAUUUUU